AUGACAGUUGAGAAGAGUUUGCCUGAAGCAAAUCCAUCUCAACCGCUUUUCCAACUUCAUGCUUCUGAAAGUAAUCAUGCAAUUACAUUAAUGGAAGUAAUGGCGGUCAUUAAACCAGCCAAAUCAUCCCAAUCAUCACUUUCAUCAAUUGUAAGGGGUUUACAUACAAAGAAUACGCGUAUACUAUCCAUAUUGGAUCAAUCACUUCUGGAAUGUGAAAGUGAACAAGAUGGUCUUGAAGUACUUAAAUGUUUUGUUAAUGAAUUUAUUUUAUGGUUAGAUGAUGGUCAUUUAAGUUUACUUAAUAAAUAUUCUGAUAGAUUGAUUCAUUCUGAAGAUGCUACUAAUUUUGAUUCAAAAUGUUUAAAUAAUCCAAUAGAGAAUUUAACUCAUUAUAUCACGUUUAUUAAAUCAUGUUCUCAGUAUUUAAGAAAUCCAUUUAUACUUAAAGAAUUAACAACCAUUAAAACUAAAUUAGAAACAAUUGUUCAUGAUUUCAAUAAACACCUUGAUUUAAAGAGAUUGAAUGCUAUUAGAUUCACAAAUAUUCGAACAUUUGGUUCUUCUCAACUUACAAAUAAACAGCUUGUUUCAAGUUAUUUCACAAUUGAUCAAAUCGUCGAGAGAAGUAUGGAUAAUAGUCUCUUUAUAACAUUUAACAAUACUGAAGAGCCUAUUGAAUUGGUAUUAUUAGAUCUUGCUGGAACUGGGGUUUAUAACUCAUUGGCUAUAUUAUCAGUUGAUUUUGAAAAUGGAACUGAAGUAACUAGAUCACUCAUAUAUCCACCAUUCAGGCUUAAUGAAGUAUCAAUUUCAUUCACUACUAAUAAAUUGGAACUACGUGCCAUCAACUUUUCUUCAACAUUAGAAAGUACUUCAUCAGAAAAUGAUACUAUUACUAUUAUAUGUGAUGAUUCAGAACUUCUACAGAAUUGGAUAGCCAAAUUAUCAGCUAUUUUCCCGAUGGAAAGAAGUGAUUCUCCAGUUAAGGAAUUAAAUUUCUUAGAACCUCAAAAUAGUCCUUCAAAAAUGCUUGGUUUGGGUAUUGAUAUGGUUGAUAGUGCAAAUCCAUCUAUGGAAAAUGUAUCAAUUGUUAGGACCCCUGCACCACAAAGUAAAUUAUCCAAUCUGAUCCAAGAUAUACCAACAAUUUCUAAUAAUAGAUCUAAUGAAAGUUUACCAAUUAAGGAACAAUAUGAUCGUUCUUUACCAAUCAUUAAGAAAGCCUUAUCCACGGCUCCACUAGGCAUACAAAACAACAUACACGAAGAAGAUGAUGACGAUGAUGGGGAUGAAUUCUUAUUCCAAAUGAUAACUAGAGACCUGUCUAGUCGAUUAUUAAUCCCAGAAACUCAUGAUCGUCCCGUUUCAUCUCGUGCUGAACUCAUACAUGAAGAUGCUGAAAGUAUUGUCGGAUCCGAAGAGGAAGACGAUGAAGUACCUCCAAUUCAACCUGAAAUGAAUCAACCACAAUUACGUUCAGAUAUGAAGAGACUGUUUGCAUCCUCAGUACCUGACUUAGGUGUGAAAGAAAAGAAAUCUACCGUGUAUCAAUUAUCAACCGGUUCUGCUAUUGAUCUUGCUAAUUUUGGAAAGAAACAUCAACCUUCGUUUGCUUCUACUGAGUCAUUAUUACUUAAACAAAAGGCGGUGGCUAAACCACCUAGACAGAGACGGAAAUCUUUGUUUAGUAUUUUUAAGAAAUCAUCUAGGCCUAUCAUGGAAGAUAUUUCUCCUGGAUUUGAAGCUGUUCAAGGUCCGAAUAAAGUUAAAGAAAAUGUUUCAAAACCGGCACCAAUUCCUCCUGUUGUUCCAGUCGUUGUUGAGCCUGAAGUGGAGAAGAAACCAAUUGUAUCGAAAGACUCUUUAGAUAAUGAAAGUGACGACGUCGAUCUGGAGAAGAAAAGAGAAAGAGCCACUUCCAGUCUUCCAGCUCCAUUUGCAUUACCAUCCUCAACUUCAACAUAUUUCUUCAAACCAUAUAGAAAUAGCACCGCUACCAAUCUUCAAACAACUGAAUCGUCUCCACUGGGAUCUACUGACGAGAAGAAAGAAGAAUCCUUGUGUAUUCCUCAAAACUUGAAAGAUGUUAUCAACCUGGAUGAUACCAUUGAUUUCUUUAUUAGUUCGUCAUCUCCAAAAGCGAUGAAAAUAUCUAAAUGGAAAGAAAAAUAUGGAAAAUGGGAAAUGAUAACUGUUAGUGAACGAUUAUUCGUCAAAACAGUCAUGAAUUAUGAAUUAAAAAAAUGUUGGUUGAUUGUAUUCAAAGAAGAAUUCGAUAUUCGUUGUAAUCAUUUCAUCGAUAUUCCAUUAUUAUUAUUAGACAUUACCCCAAACAUCACCGAUAUAAGAAGAUCAGCAGCAUUGGAUUUACAAAUUAGUUCAAUCAAUUCAAUCACAUCCGAACAACAACGAAUUAUAAUCAGAUGUACUACUGGGGCAUUGAUAAAUAGUAUCUUCACCAACUUGGAAAAUGCCCUUGGAGCAAUCUCACCAAAUUCAUUGAGAGCUUCAAGAAAGACAUUUUCUGAUGGGACCAUUGCGUCAUCGUUGAUGGAAAAUAACCAUACGAGUCAAUCUUCAACUAUGACAAGUAUGAGUUCUAUCCAAAUGAAGUCACCACCACAGGUGAGAUUGCCAACUAUAGAAGAUCGCAUUUGUGCUGAUGAAGAAAUAUCGAAUCCUAUUGUAUUGAAUAAUAAUAAUCCUGGCUUGGUGGAGAGUAAAGAAUUGGUACUGAUGACUGUCAGGUUACAAAAACAGACUCAAUCGUAUUCAAUGAUUUAUCUUCCUUCAUCAUGGAAGAUAUUGAAUAUGUAUAAAUUGUCGAUUAGUUCACUGAAUGAUCCAUUGUCAAUGAGGAAAUUUUUCCACUUUAAGUUAUGUAAUGAACUGACUGGUCAACAAGAAUUUACUUGGGUGAUUCCAGAAGAUGAUAAAUUUAAUUAUUUGGAGACGAUUGGGAAGGCGGGGAUGUUGGUGAAAGCAUCUGAUGAAGAAUUGUAUAUGAUUGAAUGUAAAGGUAAGAAAGCAUUAAAGCGAUUAUUUGAAGUUUUGUGA